ACGACGACGACGAGGACUAUUAACCUAUACUUUUUUAUUGUUUUCAGUGUUUUCAACACUCUUGUGAUUUGUGAACCAAAAUAUUGGAAAAUUAACUCAUUAGUACCUUAUCUAUUCCCAAGUAAUAUGCCUUCUUGUUCUACUAAAUGUGGCCGAACUGCUAUCCUCAAGCGCCCAAAAACUGGUGAUGUAUUAUGUAAAGAUUGUUUCUUUGAAGCAUUUGAAAAUGAAAUACACUUCACAAUAACUAAAGCGAAGUUAUUUACUCCGAAUUCUACAGUGGCAAUUGCAGCCUCUGGAGGGAAGGAUUCCACAGUCUUGGCAUACAUUCUGAAAUUAUUGAAUGAAAAGUAUAACUAUCAACUGAAAUUGUUACUUUUAUCUAUUGAUGAAGGAAUCACUGGCUAUCGUGAUGAUAGUUUGGAAACUGUUAAGAAGAAUCAGGAAGAUUAUGACAUGUCUUUGAAGGUAUUGUCCUAUAAGGAUUUAUAUGGAUGGACCAUGGAUGAGAUUGUUGCAGCAAUUGGCAGAAAAAAUAAUUGUACAUUUUGUGGUGUAUUUCGAAGGCAAGCAUUAGAUAGAGGUGCACAUUUAUUGAAAGUUGAUUAUUUGGCAACAGGACACAAUGCAGAUGAUAUUGCAGAAACUGUUCUCAUGAACAUUCUUAGGGGAGAUUUGGCCAGACUCAGUAGAUGUACUUCUAUAAUCACAGACAGUGGAGAUGGUAUACCUAGAGUGAAACCUUUAAAAUACUGCUAUGAAAAGGAAAUAGUGAUGUAUGCUUACUUCAGAAAAUUAGUGUACUUUUCAACUGAAUGUGUAUUUGCACCAAAUGCUUAUAGGGGUCAUGCUAGAGUACUUUUGAAAGAUUUAGAGAAAAUAGACCCUUCUGUGAUCAUGAACAUCAUACAAUCAGGAGAAUCAAUAAAAGUGAAUCAAACUGUCAACAUGCCCACUUUAACAAAUUGUACUAGAUGUGGUUAUGUAUCAUCACAAGAAAUCUGCAAGGCCUGUGUCUUGCUAGAAGGGCUCAACAAGGGUUUACCCAAACUAGGUAUAGGAAAAUCUAGCAAAGUCAAGAGGUUACUAGAAGAACAUAGCCUGAAAGAAAAAAGUAUAUCCAAAAAUAAUUGUAGUAACUCAAAUAAAACUUGUGAGAACACCAUUAUUGAUAAAGACUUCCAAUGUCUUUGUUUAGGAAAAAAGGAAAGUGUACAAAUUGAUCAAUUACCUUUAGAUAAAUUAACAAUAUAAUUUAUAAUUUAAAAACUCAAUUCUUGUACAUAUUUGCAAACAAUAUAAUAUGCUAUAUCACAUAUGCCACAUUUUUUGUGUUUAUUGAUGUUCUACAUACAGGGCACUUCUCAGAUAUAUCUAUGGAACAGUCUUCACAUAGGCAGACAUGGCCACAGGGCAAUAA